UCUGCUGUUCUUCCCUGCCGUGGUGAAAAGUUGAGCCAAAGAACAUGGUCUCAGCUUCCAGGUUCCUUCGCAUGCUCGUUUUGGUCCUUGUCUCCACCUUCCUCUUCUUGAACUCCCGGUUCAUGGGCGCAUCUUGGGCUCUGCAUGAGAGCAGGACCAUUCUGCAGUUUGAGAGCGAAGGGAGGGAGGUCCGAGUCGAAGCGAUGUCAGGAGAAGAUAAUGCCGGUGGAGAUUUGGGGACUCGGCUGAUCACAAGGGUCAGGUUUCUCCUCGGCAUGAAGAUCCCCAAGCACAGAAGAGCAGGGCACGCCAGAGCUGCCUACUCCCCAGCUCCUGCCCCUGCCAUUGGAGCCGAAACCCCUGCUCCUGUUCCCCUGUUCAAAACCCACGUCCUUCCUGCCUCGCCAUUGCACCGUCGGCCUCACAUUGCACCAGUUCAGAUCCUGGAGUACGGGAGUGGAAGAGAAGCCAAGGAAAGGCACCGGAGAAGGAUACUCAUCGUCGUUGUUGUGGCCUGUGCCGGCGCAACACUGGUCGUUCUUGGUGUUGCGGUCACUCUAGCCUGCAAGAGGGCCCAAAGACGGACAUCCAAGAAGAGGCCGGAAAGGCUGAUGCUACUCCCUAGCAGAAUACCGAAGCUUCAAGCGUCCGCAGCUGCUGCUCCCUCCAACAAGGUGAGCUUCGAUCCCUGCUCGGACCAGUUCUAUCUGAAUUCUUUAACCAAGUACCUGGAGAGUGAUUUGAGUCUCCAUCAAACACCUCAACUCAAGAGCGUGGCCUCGGUUGAAAGCAUGACUAAUUUAGAACACAUGAAGAGUUGUGAGUCGGACAAUGUCAGUUGUUUGGACGAGGAAAAUAUUCCGGCGGAGACCGCGUGUCGUUCCGACAACGGUGACGAUGACGAUGACGACGACUCCGACUCCUUCCAUUCAGUAAGUUCUCAUCCUUUGAAUCAAUCAGUGAGUUCGUCAGAGGAAAACUUCAGUCGCCGUUCAGAGAUUUGUUCUCCAAUCAGUUCCUACAGAUCUACCUCAUCGAGCCACAACAAUGUAUCAUCUUCAUAUGGCACUACCUCAGCAAUCCCUGCAAGAAACUUUGUGAUUCCUCAGAAGGUAACAGCUCCCACGGACUCCUUCCUCUGUUCUUCUUCAAGAAGAUUUGGAGGAAGAGAUUCUCGACCUCGAGCUGCGCCUCGCAUUGAGGAUAGAAGUUCUCUUAGCCGCAGUGAGCCUUCAACACUUGGCUUCGUCCACAGCAUUGAAUCUCAUGAUCUCGAAAGCAGUGAACUCUGUUCAAAGCUAGAAAUGGCGUCGGUUGAGUCGUCGCCUUCCGAUGAAUUGAAAAGCUCACCUGCUCCCUCGAAGGCAGACUUGCUUUCUACAGCAGAAUCUGCAGCAAAAGAACCCAUGACAUGCCCACAUCAGAGCAAAUCAGUUUCCCCUGAUGGUAAUGGUAAUGGUAAAGCGGGGUUCUCCCCUCCGAUGCCAUUGGUUAGUAAUGGACGCAUUCCAAAGCCACCAGGCCCGCCACCACUACCUCCACCACCACCCAUCAGGCCACCACCAUUUCCAAAAGGGUGCAGUUCUGGCCAUGCCCCUCCUCCACCACCGUGCCCGGCUCAGCUAAGCACGCCGGUCGGCAAAGAUGGUACUCCACUGCCCAAGUUGAAACCCCUGCACUGGGACAAAGUGAGAGCCGCCCCCGACCGUUCCAUGGUAUGGGACAAGAUAAGAUCAAGCUCAUUCGAGUUCGAUGAGAAGAUGAUCGAAUCACUUUUCGGGUACAAUUUGCGAAGUUCAUCCAGGACGGAAGAGGGAAAGAGCAAGACGCCAUCUCCCAGCAAGCAUGUCAUGGAGCACAAGAGACUGCAGAACAUCACCAUACUGAUGAAGGCCUUAAAUGCGAAUGCCGAGCAAGUUCGCAAUGCUCUGACGCUAGGUGAAGGAUUGACCGUGCAACAACUGGAGGCACUGGUGAAGAUGGCGCCAACGAAGGAAGAAGAAGAAAAGCUUUCCAACGUCGAAGGCAACGACGACGAGCUAGAUCCAGCGGAGAAGUUCCUCAAGGCGGUACUCCAAGUAUCCUUUACGUUCCAGAGGAGUGAAGUCAUGUUCUACAGGGAAACAUUCGAAGACGAAGUUGCACAUCUAAGAAAUUCUUUUGCUAUGAUCGAGGAAGCUUGCAAGGAACUCAGAUCCAGCAGGCUUUUCUUCAGACUGCUGGAAGCCGUGCUCAAAACUGGAAACCGGAUGAACGUUGGAACCAUCAGAGGAGGUGCAAGAGCCUUCAAGCUCGAUGCUCUCUUAAAACUGGCUGAUGUGAAAGGAACUGAUGGAAAGACUACCUUACUGCAUUUUGUCGUUCAAGAGAUAGUUCGACUGGAAGGUGUAAACGCAAUGGAGACCGAAACAGAGAAGCACAAGUCGAAGACGGCGGAGGAAAAAGAAGAGGAUCACAGGGCAACAGGUCUGAAACUUGUCUCGGGAUUGAUCACCGAGCUCGGCAACGUCAAGAAGACUGCAAGCAUGGACUUGGAUGUCCUGAUCAGCUCCGUCUCAAAUCUCUCGAGUGGACUGUCUCAGUCGAAACAGUUAGUAGAACAAGACAUGACGGUUGACGACAAGAGCAAGAGAUUCGUGCAUCGCAUGAGAUCCUUCCUGAAUGAAGCCGAAAAGAUAGUGAAAGAGCUGAAAGAUGACGAAAACCAAGUGUUGCUUCAGGUCAGGAACAUCGCGGAGUACUAUCAUGGAGAUGUAAGCAAGGAUGAAGCGAACCCACUUCGGAUCUUUGUGAUCGUGAGGGACUUCCUGUGCAUGUUGGAUCGAGUAUGUAAAGAGGUGGGCAACUCGAAGACUCAUCAGGGUCCGAUUUCGUUGUUGCUUUUGGAUAGACGCGGAUAAGUUUCUUCCUCCUCAUUCCCUGAUAUGAUAUUUCUUCCAAUUGUAGAGCCAUCACUUGAUUUUUCUUUCUCUUUUGUGUGAAGAAGCCAUGAUGAGAAGAUAACCCUCGGCAUGAUAUUGCUUUGGAACGUGUUGAUAAAAAUA